AUGGCCAAGGGGGAUGCCUCUUGGCACACAGUCAAAGAAGCCUUGGGUUGGAACUGGGGAGCGACGACAAAGAUAUUGCAAUUGAAAGAAAAACGAGUGAGCAAGGCCCUGUCACUCCUUGGCGAGGUCCUGGAUUGCAAACGAGUCUCCCUGAAACGAUGGCAGCAGGUGUUAGGAGUCUUACAAAGCCUGCAGCCAGGAAUGUCGGGCAGCAAGGGACAUUUCUCCUUGCUGCAAGAUGCAUUGAUUGGGCAGGUGGAUUGUAGGGUGCGGUUGACUCCUGAGGUCCGCGUUGAUUUACAUGUUGGCGCCUGCAAUACGGCAAAGUCUGGAAUGGGAGGAGUGUGGUUCACAGAUGAUGGAGAGGCCAUUGUCUGGCACGAACCAUAUCAAGACAAAGUGAAAAAGGAGGUUAUCUCGGAUCGCAAUCUGACAGGAAAACUUACCAACUCAGAUCUGGAACUGGAAGGCACCGUCCUUCAUCAUUUUGUCCUUGGAAAAAGCGCUCAGGUGGAAGGCGAGACCACUUGCACUGGCUGCGACAACACCCCAGCAGUAUCGUGGCACACAAAAGGAUCCUCCACAUCCCAAAAGGCGAGAGCAAGAAUAUUACGGUUAGCGGCAGGACUGCAACGGGAACAAAGAGCGCAUCAUCGUAUUGGGCACUUAUCUGGAGUGGACAAUCGAAUGGCCGACGAUGCCAGCCGCCUGUGGCACCUUUCUGAUGACGAAUUUGUCUCAUAUUUUAAUCGCACUUAUCUACAGAUCAACUCUUGGCAACUGUAUAGGAUGCCGACCGCCGUGAACUCCUUGAUGACAUCCAUGCUGUUGAACUCGGAAUCGAACGCGGAGUCUGUCCUUCAAGAGUUGCAAAGGCACACUCUGUCUGGACCACAUGGGUUGCUUUCUGCGACAGCCUCACCCUCGACCCAGGAUUGUCAACGGUCGAUGAUCCCCUCCUCAUCAUCCUCAUUUUUGGAACCCAAUCGCGACGUGGAAAAAUUGCCCCCAGCGGAUCCAGCAGCACAACGAGUUCGCCCAUUGCCAAAGGCCUUGUUACGGCAAGCGUCAAAGCUCACCAAAAAACCCACCAGUACCAAUGCCGCCAAAGCUAUGAAUCGAUUGAUGUGGCUAGAUUGUUUCUUUUUGUUACGUCCUGGCGAAUUUCUGUCAAUGGCAGGAACGCAAUUUCCCUUCAAGUUGAAGCAAGUGUUUUUUUGUAUCAACGACGCAGAAUUCCGUGGCGACGUCAUCCCACUUCGCCUCCUGGACACGUCACUUGUGACAUUCGCCGGUCUGAUAUUUGACAAGCAAAAAAUUGCGGUGCCAGACAAAAAUAUCGUUUUGGGCAUGUCAUUUAACGGUGACAACCCAACAGCAACGCUGGUUGCCAUCAUCCGGCACCUUCGACAGAGUCAACACACGACGGGCGACAAUAUCCCGACUAGUCUCAUCAAACUACUUGGUCGAUGGCGCUCAGAUGAAGUUUUUUUGGUAUCUUCACACCCAGUCCGAGCCUUUGAUGCAACGCUUCACCGACGUUCUUGUGAAUCAUGUCGGACACUAGCGUCUUUCCCACCCACCACACCCUGGACGGCAACAAGAUGGCCAAAUGGAGGAAACCAGCGCUUGCGCUGGGGGAUUGGGGGCCAACAGCUAGUAACAACUGUCAGCCCAAAAACAUCAUUGAAACUCUUUUAG